AUGGGCAACUCGCCUUCAAGAUAUCCUGUUGGCUAUCUCAACCCAACGCCUGGUGCAGGUGGCUACACUCCAUAUCCUUUCCCACAACCGCAAGUAGAGAAGAAAUCGAAGGGAUGGGGUUUGUUCAAGAGCGAGAAGAGGAGGAGGCAAGAGGCACUUGAUUUGGCCAGGCAAUAUAUGCAAUACACAAUGCCCGCUGUGGUUCAAUACCCCGCCACAUACUAUUAUCCUCAAGCCGACCAAAAUGCUCAGUCUGUCUACCCCCAAACCCUCCUCGCCCAAUCCCAACCAUCGAGCGCCGCGCAACAACCCGUCAUCCCCACUGUACUUCCAGACCCGAAUGCUCAAAUGCAAUCCAUGCCCAACCCGAUACCCUUUCCUCAACAGCAACAACAACCGCAAAUGAGUCAGAAUGGACCCGUCAUACCUGAUCUCGGCGACUUCGACCUCGGCCGUGAUCGUGACCAUGACCAUCGUCAGCGAUACCGUUCGUCGAUAACAUCCGACUCGGACUCAGACGAUUCAUAUACCGACUCCUACUCGCCGACGGAGAGUUCUCCGUCGACUACGACGUAUGAGCGAAGGAGACGAAGACGGCGGCGUAGAGAACGUGAACGUGAGAGAGACAGGGACAGGGACAGGGACAGAGGUCGAUACCGGUCGCAUCGCUCCCACAGAACAAGCACCCGCCCUCAUCUAUCUUCGCAGACCGCACAUUCAUCGCGCCACAGACAUACGGUCAAUCCCCUACCUCCGCCACCGAAAGACAUCCUCGCCACGACACCCUAUCGAGCCCUUCUACCAGAACUACCAUCGAACCGCGGCGAGUACUGGCGCUCCUUCCCGGCCUCCAUCGAUCCCUACUCUCACUCCCAUCCUCUACACGACCAAGGAACUCUUGGAACCUACGCCGAAGCUCGGGAACGAGAAUUUGAACGGCAGGAACGUGAACGCGAGCGUGAGCAGCGAAAAAAUGGCAGGGGUGGCGGGUUUUUCAGCGCGCUGAGAAGGAGAAGGAGGAGAGAUAACGACGCCCAGGAGACGUUGGCGCAAGCCGCGACGAUGAUGGCACAGCAGUUUGUUCCACUUGGUGGCGUGCCACAGCCGACAAGGAUGGGUAUGGGAAUGCCAAUUCCUGAACAUCAUCCCCCCGCCCCGGACGGCGGACUCGAUCCUUCUAUGUCGAGUAAUCAGAUGCCACCAGGUGGAUUCGUCGCUCCUCCCGAAGCGACAUGGACCACGGGGAUGGACCUAUGCGUAUGCCGUCUCCCCGACCUGGAGGAAGCGCAGAAGGACCCCCCGUCAUCCCUCCUGUCGGAAUGA